ACGAUAAAAGCGCCCCCUUCCCCAUCAUCAUGAGCACAACAAGACUAGCCAUGGAAGCCAUCAAAGCAGCCAAGAGUGCCCUCCGCAAGGAAAUCGCGAGUAUAAUAUCUGAGUUGAGUCCAGUGGAGAAAAAACGACAAUCAGCUGCGGUUUUCCAGCAGCUGACACGACUCCCUGAAUACGAGAACAGCAAACGAAUCUCAGUGUACCUGAGCACUGAGGAUGAGAUUGACACUGUGAGAUUACUCGAGGACAUCUUUGAGAAGGAGAAAGAGGUGUUUGUUCCGAGGUAUUUGGGGGGUGCCAUGAGCAUGGUCAAACUGAGGGACAUGCAGGAUUAUGAGAGUUUACCGCUGACUAAGUGGAAUAUCAAGCAACCUGCCAAGGAGGAUGUCAGGGAGGACGCCCUGGAGACUGGUGGACUUGAUCUGGUGGUUCUACCUGGAGUUGCCUUCACCAGAGCAGGUCAUCGACUGGGCCACGGAAUGGGAUACUACGACAAAUUUCUCUGGAAGUGCUUCGACUCUCAGACGAAAAAACCUUACUUAGUUGCUGUUGCCCUUAACGAACAAAUCAGAGAAGCCAUUCCAAUAAAUGAGAAAGAUGUAAUUCUCGACAAGAUUAUCACCGAGAAGAGCUGAUUUUAAGUGUCUGGAGGGAGUCGUUAAAGGAAUCUCUACGUUGUCUCAAAUGGAAACAUUUAUACAUUUUUUCAUCAAUAAAUAAUUUUUUUUUGUAAAUUAA